AGCCUGCAUCGCCUGCCACCCCACGUCCAGCAGAAGUUUGUCCGCCUCAAAGGCCGGGACAAGCUGCCUGAACUGCUGCAGCUACUCAAGGAGCGAUCAGCAUCCAGCGGGGCCGUUCUCAUCUUCUGCAACAGUGCCAGCACUGUCAACUGGCUGGGCUAUAUCCUGGAUGACCACAAAAUCAAACACCUGAGGUUGCAGGGACAGAUGUCAGCAGCUGCUAGAGCUGACAUCUUUGCCUCCUUCCAGAAGGGUGACGUGUCUAUCCUUGUCUGCACUGACCUUGCCUCGCGGGGGCUGGACACCAGCAGUGUGCAGCUAGUGGUCAACUAUGACUUCCCAGACACUCUACAGUACUACCUGCAUCGCGUGGGGCGAGUUGGACGGGUUGGAAGCAAAGCACCAGGAGCUGUGGUUAGUUUUGUCACCCAUCGGUGGGAUGUGGACCUGGUGCGGAAAAUAGAGACUGCAGCCCGGAAAAGGACAGGUCUCCCAGGCAUGGACUCCUCUGUUAAUAAGCCUCCGCCUAAAGGAGGCUGA